AUGGAGUUGCGCACGUUCCAUAGCCGCCCGCGCCUCUCGGCCGACUGGAGCGGCGAGUACGAAGAGAAAUCUUCCGAGUGGUUCGAGCUCUUCUUGGACCUUGUGCUCGUCGCGGCCUGCGCCAACGUGGCCGAGAAGCUCAAAGACGAGUUCACGCUCGAAGGCUUCAUCGCGUUCGGCCUCAUGACGAGCUUGUACGUCACGAGCUGGCAUUGGUACGCGCACUUCCACGGCCGCUUUAGCGAGUCGUCGCUCGCACACUACGCGCUGCUAUUCAUCCUCCUCGCCAACGUGGCCGAGAAGCUCAAAGACGACUUCACGCUCGGCGGCUUCAUCGCGUUCGGCCUCAUGACGAGCUUGUACGUCACGAGUUGGCAUUGGUACGCGCACUUCCACGGCCGCUUCAGCGAGUCGUCGCUCGCGCACUACGCGCUGCUGUUCAUCCUCCUCGGCGGUCUUGGCACCAUGGUGCUGGCAAGCGAGCCCGGCCGGCACUUUUCGAUCGGCCUGCUCCUCGUGCGCGUCGCGCUGCUCUUGAUGAACGCCGCCGUCUACCGCGUGCUGCCUGCAUCGCGGGACCGUCUCCGCGUCGACAUGGCGAUCCUCGCGUGCAGCUGCACCGUGCUCCUGCUCGCAAUCGCCCGUCCGACGUGCAGCUCCAGCGCGUACGGGGUCCUGCUGGUGCUCGAGAUUGUCGUGCUCUACGCAAGUCGCAUUCGACACUGGUGUGUCGCGCCAGGCGAUGGUAUCCCGGUCAACGUCGAGCACAUGACCGAUCGCGAAGGCUCGCUGGUGCUUGUCGCGCUCGGCGAAGCUGUCGUGAGCGCCGUGAUCAACAGCCGCCACGUGUCGUCGCCGCUCCCAAGCCGCUUCUACGUCAUGAUGCUGCUCUCGAUGCUCGUCAACUUUGCCCUCGCGCUCUUUUACUUUGCGGUCAAACCGCCGCGGACGAUGCACGCGGUGCACCAGUCGGUGCGGCGCGCGUCCUUGUUCACGUUUCUCCACGUGCUGCUGCUCCCGACCAUCUUGGCGCUGGGCGUCAGCAUGAAGUUCAUUGCGGAAGCGGUCCUGCGGAAUGAAAGGCUCGACGGUGCGGUUGUGUGGCUGCUCUUUGGCGCCAUGGCACUCUGCAUGGUGUGGAUCUUUCUGCUGCGCGGACUGCACUAUUGGGGCGCACAGCCUGCGACGACGGAUCGGCACAAUGUGAAGCGCAUCAUCCAUUGCUGGUGGGCCCUCAUGGUGGGCUGGCCGCUUCUCCCGCUUGCAAGCGGCCAAGUGCUCAUGGUGAUGGCCCCGCGCGGUGUCGACCCGCUCGUCGCCUUGGGCGCGGCCGCGGCCUGUGUUCUCUUUUGGAUCUUUUCGGAAACUGCGAUCAUGAAUCAUCUGGCCGCGCUCAGUGAAGCGACAGGACUUCGAACCCCGGAGCUCUCGCCGCUCGUACUUCGGGUCAAAUCGUCGCUUGGCGACCUCACGGACCUCGGCGUCCUCGUCGGUGCUGCACCAGCGUCCGUGCUCAUUGUCGGUGACGGCAACUUCUCCUACACAUGCGCUCUCGCCCGGCAUCUGCACGCCGAGCGCCAGCGCCGACCGCUGCCUCGCCUGCGCAUCAUAGCCACGUCACUCGACACGGCGGACGAGCUCGCACGCAUGUACCCUGGCUCGGCCGCCAAGCUGGCCGAGAUCCGCGACCACGACAUCACGGUGCUCCAUGACUUUAACGCGACCAAGCUCGAAACGUACAAAGACUUGCUGGGUCCUGAGCCAUUUGACCGGAUCGUGUUCAACUUUCCGCACUACGCCGAGGGCGGCAACAAGCGCAACAAGAUCAACAAGCACCGACAGCUCCUCACGCAGUUCUUUCAUAGCUGCCAUCACGUGCUCGCUCCCCACGGGCAAAUUUGGGUCACCCUCUGUGCGGGCCAAGGUGGCACGCCGGCCGAGACCAUCGUCCGCGCCUUUGGGGACACGUGGCAGGUCGCGCAGUGCGCCGCGAGCGCCGGCUUUCUCCUCUACGACGUCCACGAAGCGCCAGUUGACGCACUUUUUCAGCUCGGCUACAACAGCGUCGGCCACCGCCUCCAAGAAAAGGCCUUUCGGACGCACGCCGGGCUCACGCAUGUGUUUUGCGGCGACGCGAUCGGCCACAGCGCGUGCUUUCCGCUCAUGUGGACGCGCGACAUUAGCUUCUGGAUCAACGACGGCUUCUCGGACGCCAAGUUGUCGCCUGUAUUGCAGACGAUCUUUGGCCCGCAGGUCGAGAUUGCGUUUCUCAAGAUUGACGACUACGUGAGCGACGCCGGGCGACUCGCGUACGGCUACCGCCUCACGUUGUCGUCGUCCGUCUUUGCGCUCUCGAAAGAAUACGUCAACGCCAAGUGCGACGAGGUGGUGGAUCUCCUCGAUACGAAAGUCUGGUAGACGUCAUCGUGGACCUCAAGGAACACGUCGACCGCCCG